AUGUUGCGUUCAACUUUCAUUUUGGACAUCAGAUUACCAUGUCUUCAGUUGUUUUCAGAUGCAAAAGAAAUCGAUCGGUCCUCAAUUCAAGUUGGCCGGGAUGUUGGAGAAAAAGAUAUGUUGAGCAAAGGUUCAACAGACAGCUCUGGAACCCCAUCAGUAUGGCGAUGUGGAAUUGACGGACCUUGUUUGUCUGAGUGUCAAGGAGAAAUCAACUACAUUAGGUCGAGUAGUACUCUGAUCGUCUAUAAGACAUGGGAUUGUUCAAAGAACGACUUGAUGUAUGGUGGAUCAUUGAAGAGGACCUUUGAGCCGAGUCGGUUGAAGAUUGAUUGA